CACUGAAUAUUCCCAUUACCAGAGACGGUGAGAAGCUGAGCUAAAGAAGAUGGUUUUGCUGGAGAAGCUGUGGGACGACGUUGUUGCGGGGCCUCAACCAGAUCAAGGCCUAGGCAGACUCAGGAAGGUCAUCGCCACCCAGCCCUUGAACGUCAAUAAAGAGGAAGGAGAAGGAAGCAAAAAGUCGUUGUCGAUGCCGUCGACGCCAACAACGCCGACGACACCGACGACGCCACUGUCGGCGCGUAAGGCCGACAACGUCUGGAGGAGCGUGUUCCAUCCUGGCAGUAACUUAGCUACCAAGACGAUCGGUGCUCAGAAGUUCGAUAAGCCUUUGCCCAACUCUCCCACUGUGUAUGACUGGCUCUACAGCGGUGAGACCAGGAGCAAGCACCGCUGAGGAGAAGAUGGAGUACGUGUUAACAUCACCGUGGGCUUGAAUGUAAAUAGUGUCUCUUGAUAUAUCGCAUAUGCCACGUGUCAGUGUAAGACUACGUGUUGUUCUAACCGGAUUGGUCUGUUUGCUGAUGAGUGAGCAUAUAUAUGGUUUGUCUUUUGUUCAAAAGUGAUGUGGAUGUAAUGUUCCGUGAAGAACUGACGAGGACAUUGUUGUCGCUUGAUUAGUUUGCUGGUGGUUUUUUUUUUCCUAUUUUUUUUUUAAUUUUUUCCUUUUGGAGGAUGUUGGUUUUUUUUUGUUAUGAAUCUAUAAUUAUCAAGAUAGUAUUAAAAUCUAGCUGGUGAACUUUGCUU